AUGGAACCUGAAUCGCUUCAACCCAACCAGGUUCAGCUCUGGUCUUCACACCUGCCCAACUUACAGGCUGGUGACUACACAUUCACUGCAACACAAACCAUUCAGCCCACUUCGGAUUCCAACGACCUGAGAGAACUCUCUAAACUUACGCAAAGCCUUGUCGUGCCGGGACCAAAGUUCAAACUUCUGCAUUCAUCAGACAUUCAUAGCGUAUAUCCAGUUGCUGGGAGUAUUGAAACAGGCGCCAUAUUACCGCAUGUGACCCUUAAACACUCUACACUGGCGUGGGAGCGGCAGGUAGUAUUUCCUGGUGACUAUGCGGCAGACGGCAGCAGCAACGUCCCGUGGCUUGCCGUUCUGUCUUUCACGGAAGAUGAGCUCAUCCUAAGUGAAGGUGCUGCUACUGCCCUGGGUUUCCCUUCAGGCACAGUACCAUCGAGAUAUGGAGCUGUUGCGACCACGGCAGGCCAACUCAAACUACUCAAAAACAGCAUCGCAUCGCCUCUUUGGUCUUCCAACUUCGAUGAUGAUUACACGGACACCGAUCCAGUGGACGCCCUAUGCAUACCGCCUACCUUGUUCAGAGAACUUUUCCAACCAGUCACUGGUGGAAAGGCAUAUAACGAUAUCGUGCCGUAUCAGUUCAUGGCACAUGUGCGUCAUUCUCAUAGCAGCAGUGAUAUAAUCAGUAUCGUCAUUAGUCCUCGCAGUGGACCAACUGAACUCAUCAAACCUGCUCGGAUGAUCUCGCAUCUCAUCUCUUUGGAGGGAAUACCUCGGCUUGAAGUCUCUAGCAGUGCUUCCUCUGUGGCCCUGGUGUCACUACAUAGCUGGGACUGGAUGUGCACGCCCCCAGCGGGUCCUACUACUCCGAAGGAUAUUCUCGCCGCCCUUGGUAAUACUGUCCAGCCUCUUUGCGUCCCAAAAACAACCUUAUCUUCGAUUGGUACCUCAACUACCUCUUCUUCCUGGCUGAACAACCGACUUGAAGCCGGGUACACUAUAAAACAUUAUCAAGAUGCUAGUGGCAAUAAGGCGACUUGCAUUCUUCGUGGGCCAUUAACACCCGCCCCUGAAACUCCUGAUCCAUCCUUCGGGAGUUGCAGUUCGGACAACGGCAAGGACCUGUUGAGAUUUGAUUCUGCGACUGGCUUGCCUGAUAUCACUAUGCAAUCCGCUUGGACACUAGGUCGAGCAAUGGCUCUUGGCGACAAGUCAUUCUUGGCCAGCUUGAUGCGACUUCGAGGCAAGAUCCGAGCUGAAGCAGUCCGCGCAGCAAAGGCAGCUUCGCGUGAUGCAAACGGCGCCGAGAGCUGGACAAGCAAAGGGAUAUUGGCGAACCUAGCUACUACCCUGGCCAGCAUUGCCAAAGCGCACUCUGACACCGCCUACAGUACCGUCACUGGUCCUGUGCGCUGGACCAACCAGCAGGAGAGUUCACAGGUGCAACAGCGGCAGCAAAUCGUGGACUUUGCUCAUUUUGAUCAAGCUACGUAUCUCAAGCAGCUCGGGACCGUUGUAGAUGCUUUCUUCGCAGCUACUACGCUUGACGCAGACGCCUCAGCCGUUCAGUCAUGGAUACUGGGGAAGCUCCUCCUUGGAGGCAUCCCUCCGUCAUAUCUGGUCAUGACGCCAGAUCAGUUUCCCCAAGAGAGCAUUCGGACCUUCAGCAUUGACUCAACUUGGGUCGCUCUUAUGAUCGACGGAGCACUUAGUCUAGCAAACCAUCAUUCUCGUGAUGGCGAUGACGAUGCGAUCCGGAAAUACAUCAAGCAUGCAAUCAACAAUUGGCUUAAACAACCACUUCCCGAUGAACAGGCUAUUCAACAGCCACCACGAUGGGGAGUACUCCUUCGAAGUAGUCUGGUGUCCUCUUUUCCAGACUUGAAGGUCGUAGGGUCCAGCACGGCAUACUACGACCCAAGUUCAAGCAAGCCCUUUUUACUAAGGAGGUUAGCCCCAGAUAUUUUGCUAUGCCUCUCCGACUUCCGACCAGGCGACUCCGAUUUUGCGUAUCUAUGUAUAUCCCUCCCGAUUCAUCGACAGACGUAUCAGCUAGGCGAAACAUUCACAUCGUCGAUAUUGUCUGGCGACUUUAAGCUUCCGCCCACGUCAUCAGCUCCAUCCACUUACGGAAAGGAUGGGACAUGCCAAUGGACAAAUACGGACCAUAACCUUCCCUACGAUUGGACGACAAGGAUGUUGGAUCCCUUGAGCUACGCGCAGCAGAUCUAUUCCAAGUUGAACGGAUCAUCUAGCAGUAUUGACUCAACAACCUUGGCUCUCUUUUUGGGACGACCGACUCCCAGUUUAAUGCUAGAGGUGGGCAAAUUGACCGGACCACUUCCCGUGACGCCUCCGUCAUAUCUUCCAGUAGCAUUACCAACUUUCGCUGCCCCAUCUUCACCCUCCAAGUCUACAAAGGGAUCAGUAAGGUCAAAAAGGUCUUAUUCAAAGGCACAAGCUUCAUCAACUCUGAAAGCGUCUUCGGCAACAUUUUCAACUCAAACCAUUUCCAAGAUCACCAAUCCCGACAUCACUCUAGUCCUCCUCACUAGCAAUCAAGCGUAUCAUUACGGUUGCCCUCGAUUUACCAACAUCAGCGAUAUUUUCACACCCCGGGAACGAAAACGACUUUCGACUCUCAAUGGGACUGGAUCGCAGGGUUCUGCAAAGAAUGAUAUCGUCUUUACCCUAUACGACGACUACCGUCGCAAUGGACAAGAUCCCAACAUGAAUGAAGGGGUUGAAUAUAUCAGAGUCGUCAUUCCCGUAACUGGAACCUGGCUUGGGUCCAACGAGACGAUCACACUUCCAGCAGUUGAUGAGGCUAACGGCUCCAAGACUGAUGUUAGCGUCGAUACUUCGCAGCCCACGUUACUGUUUAUCCCUGGAUCCUUGACAUCACCAAUUCUACCAGGCGUGCGUUCGCUUGACCAAUCCCAACAAUGGACUUUUCGUCGAUAUCUUGCACUCUCACGCAUGUACAACGCACCGGAGCCUGCAGAUGGCAGUCAAGUCUCAGUGUCUUCAGACGAUCCAGUGGUCUCCGUCCUUGUAGUCGAAGGGAAACCAAGAUUUGACUUGGCUGGAGGUUUCGAGGAUGCAAGCUUCGUCCUUGAGGGCGCACUUCUCCUGCCCACACAUUCAAGCAAUCCCUACGUGUUGGCUGGCGUUGGAAUAAACAUCAUCUUCAAAGCCAAGGAUACUGCUGUCCAAGAGUUGUUAGUUAAUGUUCGGCAUGUCGAAAGCCAUGAUACUUCAAAGGAAUGA